GUUAACCGCCCACACAGUCCGUAUCAAGUCUGUACAGUCUUCAUGUUGUAAAUAGUCCAUGGUAAAAUUUCUAACCUGUAUCAAGGCAUUAUCUUUGUAAAUUAUGGAUUCCUUUCUGGAAGCAUCAAAAGCUUCUUUGGAUAAUCUAGUUCGGUAUAAAAUCGUCCGAGUAGUAUUGGGUAAUCCAACGUGUGAUUUGGAUUCAGCAGUGUGUGCUCUUGUCUAUGCAUUCCAUCAUUACACCGAUGUUAAAGAUAAAGGUGAAGAUAUUGCUGUGAUACCUUUGCUCAAUAUUCCGGAAAAAGAAUUUCGUUUGAAAACUGAAGUUCUAUACCAUUUUGAAAAACAUAGUAUACCACUGGAGCUGUUGACUUUCAGAGAUCAGUUGAGUCUUGAGGUUCUUAGCGGUGAAAAGAAAUUAGAAAUUAUUUUGGUAGACCACCAUACUCUCUCCGAGGAAAGUCGAGGCCUUGCUAAUUCGGUUGUACAGAUUAUUGAUCACAGACCACAAGACCCAGCGUGGUUGUGGCCGCAGAAAGAGAUUACGAUAGAAAUAGUUGGCAGCUGCUCAACUUUGAUUGCCAAGAUUUUGAUUGAUAAAAAAUCGAAAAUUCUGGACCCUCGUAUCUGUAGUUUCCUGCGAGGGCCAAUCUUGGUUGACACAGUCAACUUUUCUGUCGAAGCCAACAGAGCUACUCCUGACGAUGCUGAAGUUAUUAAGAAACUUGAGGAAAUUGGGUUCAUUACUUCCGACAGAGAGAAGGAAUACAAAGAACUCCUUUUCGCUAAAACAGACAUCAGUAGGUUGACCCCCGGGGAGUUGUUGAUCAGAGAUCUGAAGGUUGCCAACGGUAUACCGAUUUCAGGCCUUCCAAUCUUGGUAGAGAGUUUUGUGAAACUGGACGGUGCCUUUGAAGCACUCACUGAAUUUACAACGCAAUAUAGCUGUUUCGUGACCGUUCUGAUGGGCUUAGAUCUCAAAAACGAAACGGUGACGAGAGAUAUCGCCAUAUUUUCGCCGACCAAUAACAAACUACAAAGUACAAUUAUAAGAUUGUUGAAAUCCAACACAGAACCCUCGCUGAAUUUAAUGGAAGAAGAGAUAAUUUCGACACGUAAUAAAUACGACCUUGUUUUAUUCAAACAGGGCAACGUACAAGCGUCGAGGAAACAAAUACUCCCAAUCAUCAGAGGCGUACCUACUGAUUGUAAUUCUUCGUAAUUAACUCUUACGAAUAAAAUAUUUGAAAUCAAUCUUAAGGCAUUAUCAGAUGUAAUA